AUGGCUAUACAAAAGGAUGUUAACUUGAAUGAACCAUUAAAUGAUAAAAUUCCCCCUACUUUGGGUAAGACAUCAUUGACACCAGAAUUAUCACAAGCCGCAUUAAUUUUACAAGGUGAUUAUUAUAGUCAGUUGCAAGGUAAAUGUAAUAGAUAUGUUUUCUGGCAUCCAAUUUCUACUACAUUUUUGGUAAUUUCAACUUCGAUUUUCACGUAUUAUAGAUUAUACGAUUAUAUUUCAGUUUCAGAAAGUUUUGGUGAAUUCUUUAGUUUCUUCAUUAAGAGUCGUGAUUUUCAAUUCCAAGUGAUGGGAAUCUUUCCAUGGCUUGUGUGUGUUUUUGGUAUAGUGGGUAUCGUUACCCAUUUUGUUAGUGAUGUAUACAAGGAUAUUUCGGUAAAAUUGCCCCAAUUAAAGUACAUUGAAAAGAUCUUUGGAUUUAACUUGAAGGAAUACGCCAGGUUAUCACAAUCGACAUUAUUAAAACAAAAGCGUAAAUUGACACCUAAAGAGGUAGUCUUUUUGAAAAAUGGAGCAAAUACUCAUAUAGUCAUGUACCGUGAUUCGCCAAUUGCUAUUAUUACUUUGAUACCUUUAUUGGACGAAUCAUCUGAAACGGAGUUUGUCAUUAAGAUCACUGGGUUACACGUUAGAAAAGCGUUUGUCAAAGUUGACUUUGACGUCUUAUUACUUGAAUGGUCUUAUGAUAGAGCCCGUGAUAUUCUCAAGGAAUAUGGUCCAAAUAAGGAUGCGAAGAUAACGUUAUUAGCUGAUGCUUUCUCCUUUGACAACCUGCUCAUUAAGACCUUAGAAAACCAAUCUUUUCAAAAAAUUUCGUCAUCGUUUACUCUUAAUUCGUUUGAGGAUGAUUCUGAAUCCAAAACAGGAAUACUUUCUUACAUAACUUCUACUGGUGCUUACAAGACUUUCGGUAUUACAAAAGACACUUAUCGCCUCACUUUACAGGAUAAAACUGCUGAUGGGAACUUAAUUUGA